GUGGAGGAAUCUUCUCCUAUGUAUAUCUAUAAUGGUUCCAGCGAAGCAUUCACAAUCUAUCUGUGGGGUGAUGCACCAUUUCUUGUGAUCAUAUCAAUGCAGAAAUUUUUCAUACCUGCAAGACCGGAUAGUUAUCCCGGAUACGGCUCAACAAUGCCAGUUCCAAUUCCUGAUUUCGGUAAACGCUUCGCUGAUGCGGUCGUUUCACAGUUCUGGGGUGGAAGACUAAUUUGA